AGCAUAUCAUAAUGGACGAGUAUGUCGGGUACAAAGAAUGGAAGGAAAAGAAAGGCGAAACGCGGAGGCUGCCAAUCAAAACCAGAGAGGAUGCGGCCAAGUGGGAGAGAUUCGCCGACGUGGCGCGAGGUGGAUCAGAGGUCAAAUCCAGAUGUAUCGGUCCUCUGAAAACGGUAGGCCGAUACUGGGGCGCAGGCCCUGUCCAGCACUACCAGUUGGCUUCCAAGGGGGUGAGAUAUUGCGAAGUUAUCGGCGCCGCAGCGCGGGAGGUUCGUGAUUUGGACGAGGCUGUGACGAAGCUGAACAGGUUGAUGCUGCGGCGGUAUCUGGCCACCGGGCGGGGGCUGCGUCGACUGCGCGGAGUGGUCAACCCGAUCGAUCAGGCCGAUCUAGUGGAUCUAAAGGCCUGGUCGCACCGAAAUUCAUUCGACAAGGACAAAGACUCUCUUCCGUACCGGAAACUGGCUGCUGCCGAUUUGACUCCCGGCUUUGGCUUCGGCAAAUUUGGGCUCAUGGUGCGGAAGGAGUUUGCUGUCUCGUUGCCCGCCGACUCCGUUGAAGCUGCAGCCGGGGUCGGUGCUGAUAUCACUGGACGCUCGGGACCCAACGAUGCUUGCAACGUCAGCGUGCCGGGGCUUGUUCCCCCGGACGCUAGCCUGGGGGAUUCGAACUUCGACCGUACCGUCGAACAGGUCCUUGGUGCUGUCCUUGCACAUGAGAAGCCCAAGGGGCUAUCUGCCGCCAACGAGAACAGUGAGGACGCUAGCUCCACAGAUUGUCAUGCCGACACCGCCCAUUCCUCUUCUCUGGGUCGCUCCCAGUCGGCAACGCCGUUGAGCUCACCGCCAGGGUCUCCUCUUCCAACCCUUUCCGCUGCCGGAGUCCCGUUCGGGAAUGCCGCACGAGGGCUGGCCGACAUCAGCCCACCCGCCGAUAGCGACGCCGACGCCUGCCGGCUCCCCAAAGAUCAAUCAUUCCGUCAGAUUCUUCGCUCACGAGCAACAAGCGCCGACAAGUCGAGUGGCAGAACAGCUAUCACACAACGGACCUACCAGCCGCCGUUCCUCGAGGUCUCUUUGGCAGGAACUUUUCCAGAUGUGCCUUUGAGGACCUCCAGCGCUUCUGUGAAUUUGUUGUCGCGAACGAGCUCGCUCAUCCAGCAAGGUCGCCUCGUCGCCCAACAACACCAACAGCAGCGGCCGCAGCAGCAGCUUGGCGGCCAGGCCAAAGCGUAAGGAGUCGACGGCGUGCGAAGCAGUCGCCGCACGUGUUUCCGCGAGCGAGCACAAAGUUGCCCUACAGGUGCGACUCAGCGGUAUGGGGGUCGGAUGUUGCUGCUGCUGCGGGGGGAGAUGAGGAGGAUGAUGCUGCGUUUGCUGUGGAUGCUGGGGAUGUUGAGGGUGCUGCAGGUGCUGGGACGGCGGCUGUUGGCUCUGCGGAUGCGGCGGGAGCGGCGCAGGAUGGCCAAACGGCGUUCCUAGAAUGCUGCACCCAGGCGCAUUACCCUCCGAGGGCGGUCGCAGGUGGAAGACGUCCACAUUUGGAUCACUGGCUGGAGGAUAAUAACUAGGAGAAGGAGGAGGGUGGUCCCCCAAAAGGGGAUGCGGUGGCUGAUACUCUCUAGGCAAGUUUAUGGGGCAGCGAGACUCCAUGGUGGGAGCCGGCUGACCAGGAGGGCGGGAACCGGACUCAGGUGGAGGCGUAAGGUCUCGGGACUUGGGAGGUGCGCAAAGGCCUCCUCCGCUGGGCCGGCCAAGUUGGGGCGUUUGAAAAGGUUGAAGCAUGCCAGGUGCUGCACGCCGGGUUGGCCGGGAGUGCAGCCAUACUGAGGUGGAUGUGCUUGGGAGUGUGGUGAGGUGCCACAGGUUUGGAGUGGUUACGGAGAUUGGGUGCGUUUUGUCUGGACAAUGCGGCUGGACACGGGUAUUUGCCGUCACCCGCACGUGGCGGGGGUUCAUACUACGUCAUGACCGCUGGUGCUUCUUUGACCGACACCAACUCGAACUUGUCGGGGUCGUUGUCAUGGGCACGGUUCUAGCCGGGAUGGGUGUUUCGUCGUCACUAACGCGCAUCGGGAUCGGGGCCUUUGCUCCCGGCCGCGAAUGUAGGGGGGUCAGAUCGUGGCGGGGGCCAUGGUAGCCGAAACUCGGAUUACCGAAACGCAUCACGGCCUCCGUGGGAUUCCCAGCUGCUGGAAACAAUCCAUGCACCGCUUCCACCGGCGGGUGUAGCGGUACGGGGACGCGAUGGAGAGGCUUUCCAGUCCCGGGGCACAGCCGCCUCCUUCGACCGCGACAGGAUCGCUCCGCGCUUCGGGUUCGCCUUCUGCCUGACGAACACAUCCUGGUCCGGCUGGGGAAUGGGGAUGGCAGAGGGCCUUGGCUAGGUCACUUGGUCCGAAAUACACAGCGGUUUAUUCUAUCACAUCGCUUGCCA